AUGUUCCGCACCGCCAUCCUCCGCUCGGCCGUCCGCGCCGCUAGCCGUCCCGCCGUCCCGGCAAGGUCUAUGCUCGUCGCGGCGCCCCGAGUUGCUGUGCCCCGUGUCCAGAGCCUUAUUGCCGUGCGGAUGUAUGGCGCCUCCAGCGGCCUGGGCAAGGAGCAGGUCGAGGGUCGCAUCAUCAGCUUGUUGCAGGGCUUUGACAAGGUCAAGGACACCUCCAGCAUCAAGGCCAACUCCCACUUUUCCAACGACCUUGGCCUCGACAGCCUCGAUACCGUCGAAGUCGUCAUGGCGAUUGAGGAGGAGUUCAGCAUCGAGAUCCCCGACAAGGACGCAGACACAAUCCACUCUGUCGACAAGGCUGUGGAGUAUAUCCUGAGCCAGCCUGACGCCAACUAA